ACGGGCGCCGAUGACAGCAGCGGCGCGGGGUGAUGACGCAGUCGAAAGAGGCAGGGGAGGCAGUGCCGGAAGGGCCUGGAGCAGAGCUAGAAGCUUUUCACCAUGGGAGAAAGAAAAGGCGUGAACAAGUAUUACCCCCCUGACUUUGACCCGGCAAAGCAUGGCUCCCUCAACAAGUACCGGCACAGCCACCCGUUGCGGGAGCGGGCCCGCAAGCUGUCUCAGGGCAUCCUCAUCAUCAGGUUUGAGAUGCCCUACAACAUCUGGUGUGAUGGCUGCAAGAACCACAUUGGAAUGGGCGUCCGGUACAACGCAGAGAAGAAGAAAGUGGGGAACUACUACACCACACCCAUCUACAGACUACGAUCAGCCCUGACACAGCACCAGACCUCACCCUCCGACCCCGCCACAGGAAAAGCAAGGAGACGGCUUCGGCCAACGUCCUUCUACUGUAAAAGGUUUCGGAUGAAGUGUCACCUGUGCGUCAACUACAUUGAAAUGCAGACAGACCCGGCCAACUGUGACUACGUCAUCGUGAGCGGCGCCCAGCGCAAGGAGGAGCGUUGGGAUCCACAGGACAAUGAGCAGGUCCUGGCCACUGAACACGAGGAGAAAAAGAAGCUGGAAACAGAUGCCAUGUACCGGUUGGAACACGGCGCCACUGAUCAGGGCAAGCUGCAGCGUGCCCUCCCCACCUUGUCCAACAUCCAGGAGGCCCAGAGUGCCUGGAAGGACGACUUUGCGCUCAACAGCAUGCUGCGCCGCAAGUUCCGGGAGGAGAAGAAGGUGUUGCAGGAGGAGGAGGAGAAAGACCAGGCGCUUCAGGCCAAGGCCAACCUGAGCAUCCCGCUAGUGCGUGAGGCGGAGGAGGACCGGCGCCUGGCCACCCUGCUCACCUAUCGCAGCCCCGACUCCUAUGAGGACAAGCAGAAGCAGAAGCGCACAGAGAUCUCCAGCCGCUCCUGGUUCCCCAGUGCCAAGGCUGGCGAUGCACUCAAGCUGCCAGGUCUGGGCACAAAGACCUCUUCUUCUCCAGCCCCCUGUGACCACCUGGGCAUUGUGCGCCGUCGGCCAACAGAUGUCCCCCGGGGCCUGGCUAGCCUAGGGGAUGCCACAGAGACACCCUGCGCCCUCCCUACCUCACCAACCGCUGGACCCUCUGGCCCCCCUCACUCCCUGGUCCCAGACUACUCGGGCUCCGGCUCUGACUCGGAUGGUGAAUGACCUACCCCCCAUGAGUGCAGGCUGGGCACAGAGCUGUCCCGUUGUUGCACAGAGGACUCCUGGUUCCUGACAGAACCUCACAGCCGACCUGGAGGAGCUACAGCUUGGCCAGGCCCCAUGCCUGGGCAUCAGUGCCCCCUUCAGGACCAACCCAGAGUGGCAUCUUCCUCCCCCUGCCUGGGUAUUUAUACAGCACCAUUUCUGUGCCCCCCCACCCCCCCAAUCCUAGUCCAGACCCCUGUGCAAAGAGGGGAUCUCCUACCAAGCUCCCCCCACCCCCAGCAUGACUUGGAGCCCGGUUCAUCGCUGCUCCAAGGAAAGAGGCAGCUCCCCUGGGGGCCACUGCCCUGGGUGGGGGCAUAGGCCCCCCCUGAAACUGGUUGCUGCCACCAGCAGCUUCUGCGGACAGUUGCUGAUCACUCCUGAUGCCGCUGCUGGUGGCUUCUGCAAGCAGUUGCUACUUGCCACCCUGCCGCCAGUGCUGCCACCUGCAAAUUGUGCCCCUCAGUCUCGGGAGGCACCAGUCGUGCGGGGCGGGGGCUGCCAGCCAAGCCCCCAGCUGGGAGAGAAGGGAAUGGGUUUUAACAGCAAUUAAAGCCAUUUAAUGAACCUAUGGCUCUAGCUGGCUUGGAGAGGGGCCCAGUGUACACACCCCAGGGGUUGAGUUGCCCACCUCCCUUCAGUUUCUGUCCGCAGCUGUGGGAAGGCAACAGGGUCUAGUGGUUAGCGCAAGAGUCCAAGACACCAGGGUUCUGCCUCCACCUGUGAGAGGAGAGAGGAGGCCAAUGGGUUCUGGCAGGGAAAGGUGGGGCAAAGCCCAGACAGCUGGGCUUCAUCCCCAGCUGUAAGAAGGAAGUGGGGUCCAGUGGUUGGAGUAGGGGUGGGGGCAAGGCUGGAAGCCAGGAUACCUGGGUUCCCUCCCCAGCUCUGGGAAGGUGGUGGGGCCCAGUGGCUAGAGCAGAAUCCCAGGACUCCUGGGUUCCCUUCCUAGCUUUGGAAUCAGAACUUGUGGUAGAGAGAUAUCUUUUACUAAACC